UUUACGUUGAAACUGACCGAGACAUUUCGAUCAAAACCUUAACCCGACUCCGUUUAUGGUUUUAGAAUAGUUGCUUGUUAAAAAGAAGAAAAAAACUGGAGGUUGCAGAUUUAUACUGACAAGAAUAAAUCACAUUGUUUUAUUAUGCUGUGUAACAUUGGAGCGCAAUCUAACCAGGGCCAAUGCGUGCAGGCUAGCUAGCUAGCUAACGUUACUUCACCUUUUGUAGCCAAGAGAUUGUUGUGUUAUGACAUUCCCUUUGUCUAGAAUAACGGGACGUGGAAAAACAUUUUCGUCGUAAAACACAUAUUUUCAGUUCGUUGGGGACUUUAAUUAAUUGGCCAGCAUUAUUCAGUUCUCGUUUAUAUUGACCUGAUCAUUCUCCCAAGUGCCGAAAUGUCGCUCCACGGUAAGAGAAAAGAGAUCUACAAAUACGAGGCGCCAUGGACGGUUUAUGCCAUGAACUGGAGUGUGAGACCCGACAAGCGUUUUCGACUGGCUCUCGGUAGUUUUGUUGAGGAGUACAACAACAAGGUGCAGCUAGUUGGGCUUGAUGAGGAAAGCUCCGAGUUCGUGUGCCGGAACACGUUUGAUCACCCGUACCCUACGACCAAGAUCAUGUGGAUUCCUGACACGAAGGGGGUCUACCCAGACCUGCUUGCUACCAGCGGAGAUUAUCUGCGUAUAUGGAGGGUAAACGACACAGAAACUCGUCUUGAAUGUCUUCUGAACAAUAACAAAAAUUCAGACUUCUGCGCUCCUCUAACUUCUUUUGACUGGAAUGAAGUUGACCCAAAUCUUUUGGGCACUUCCAGCAUUGACACUACUUGCACCAUCUGGGGGCUAGAGACAGGGCAGGUACUGGGGAGAGUCAACCUGGUGUCAGGCCACGUUAAGACUCAGCUCAUUGCCCAUGACAAGGAGGUGUAUGACAUCGCAUUCAGUCGCGCGGGUGGAGGCCGUGAUAUGUUUGCAUCGGUGGGCGCAGACGGCUCAGUGCGCAUGUUCGACCUUCGUCACCUGGAGCACAGCACCAUUAUCUACGAGGACCCCCAACACCACCCCCUCCUCCGCCUCUGCUGGAACAAGCAGGACCCCAACUAUCUGGCCACCAUGGCCAUGGAUGGCAUGGAGGUGGUCAUCCUGGAUGUGCGUGUGCCCUGCACGCCUGUUGCUCGACUCAAUAAUCACAGGGCAUGUGUGAACGGCAUCGCCUGGGCCCCACAUUCCUCCUGCCACAUCUGUACUGCAGUAGCGGACGAUCACCAGGCACUGAUCUGGGACAUCCAGCAGAUGCCCCGGGCCAUCGAGGACCCCAUCCUGGCCUACACGGCUGAGGGCGAGAUCAACAAUGUGCAGUGGGCCUCCACGCAGCCUGACUGGAUAGCCAUCUGCUACAACAACUGCCUGGAGAUCCUGCGGGUUUAACAGCGGCGCAGCAGCUGUUCCCAGCUCCCCACCCACCGUGGGCACCAUGGGCAGUUCCAGUGCCAUGCAGGAGGGGGCAGGGGGCAGAUGGUUCCUGUGCUGCUGUAGUGAGGUGGAGGUUGCAGGAGGGCUGGGGUAGGCUCUGGGGUUGAAAGGAAGGAUGUGUGUUUGCGAACUUUGUUUAUAGGGGUGCGGGUAUGCGUGCGUGGGUGUGUGCUUUCAUUUUGCUGGACUUUUUUUGUAGGUGUGUUUCAUUGCAUGUUAGUAUUUGUGCAUUAGAGUCCUACUGGGAUCCACUCUUUGGUUUGCAGUAUAUUUACUCUGGCAAUUUUUUAUUGCAAUGAUUUUAUGUGUAUAGCCAUAUCAGUGCUAUGGACACAGCUGCAUCAUUUUUGGACCAGUAACUUGGGAGGAGGGAGGUCUUGUAGGUGACUAUAUUUUAAGUAGGAAAAUCAAGAUUGUAGGUACCAGGGAGCAGGCAUUGACAUUUUGAGAUUACCUUAAAAUUAUGCUUUUUUUUUUAUAGACUUAUAGCAAAUAUUUAUCUUUGAGCAAAGUACAGAAGUUAAAACCUGCUAAAACAUGCCAACCUCCCCUUUUGUGUCAACAACAUGCCAUGGUUUAGUUUUUGAAUGUCUUCUGAGAUAAUUUAUGUCUACCAUGUCAGGCGCAUACAGCUGAAAGUCUAGAACGGUUGACUCACAGGAGCAACUGCAAGUGUAAACUUGGAGAAAAGUAAACAUAGUCCGUCUUACUAUCAAAGGCUUUUUCAUAACUAGCUAUAACUGUUCUUUAAUUCUAAGAAGGGGGGAACAUUUUCUUAAGACAAAGUCAACUCAGUUUGGCAAAGGGAAUGAAUGGUUUCCGCAUGCUUUUGGAAGUCAAACUGGUUGGUAUAGUUUAAAUACAUGAUGCAUUUGAAAUUGUGUGAGAAAUUAAAACUGUUCUUUUUAUUCGCAUUUUGUCUUCGGUUUCUUAUGUCUUCUGCACUUGUGUCCUUUUCACGCUGUGUUCGCUGUCUAUCAUCUCGUCUUCCUUAGGCUAUUGUUUAAAAGUCACUUCUUUUUCAAGCAGUGUUUCUCAGGUCUGGUUGUGGAGUAACCCUGCUCAGACACUCACGCAGGACUUGCUCCUGAUCUGGUGAGCCGAGUCAGACAUCUGAGAGCAUGGAGAGUUGUCGAAGUUGCAGGGCCGGGGAAAACACUGCGGGUGUAGGAUCACGAAACAAUGCAUUUCUUAGCAUGUCCGUGCUCAGUGUGAGAGAUGUACAUAGCUACAUAUAUAAAUAUUUAAAUAAUCUAGGGAGAAUGUUCAUCUUGUGGCUUCUCCAGAAGAAUUCACUAUUACAGGUCAUUUGGUCUGCCCAUGAAGUGUUUGCAAGCACAUGGUAAUUGCCUGUUCACUGUUUCAUGACUGAAAAGGAACACAGAAGGUUUUUUGGACCCCCAUCAUGAUCCUAAGUUCUCUGAAAGAGUGUCUGUGAUUACAUGUAUGUGCCUAAACACAGUUUUCUAUUAAUAAACUUGCAUUGUUCUUCCA